GAGCAGUUGUAUUAGUAGUUUAUUCGGGUGAAGAUGACAAAGCUCAUAUCUCUCAUGCUCCGCAGGUUCAUCCUUCCUUCUUCUCCGUCUUCGCUCCCAUCCCACCUCAACUCACCCACCAACUCACUGUCACUCACACCCUCCUCCCUACGUCCUCUUCCUUCCUUCUCCCCACCCUCUCUCUCUCUUCCCCUCCCCUCCACUACCCUUCCAGCUCUACUAGUAUCCCCCCCUUGCCUUGCCUUGCCUUGCUCGUAUCCUCACCUUCGCCUGCCGGGUUUGUGUCUUGGGCUUUUCGCGUUAUUCACAUUGGCUGUGCAUCAGAUUGUUUGAUGAUAUUGAAAGAGUGAGCGGGCGAGGGAGGGAGAGAGAGAGAGUGUGGGAAAGAGUGGGAGAUUUUCCCGAGCUGUGAUCAGGGGACUGGUGAUAGGAAGCUAGCGUGGGAAGAAGAGAACAAGAGAAACGUAGCGGUUAGGAGACACUUUGUCUACAGAGGAGAGAGAGAGCCUAGUGUAGCGGGUGGAGAUGCCAAGUGGGAAGGCUUGAAGCCUGCUAGAGAGACAGACAGACACCGUUAUUGCUCCUUGGUUGGAGUUGGUUGGUUUAGUAUCUUGUUUUCAUUUUCUCCCGGUGAUUUUUUUCGUGGAUAGUGGAGACGAGUGCCAUCCUCAAGUUACGAUGCAGAGUUUGUUUUGGCGGGAGUAAGAGAAUCGAUUUUUAGUCUGGUUGAGUGCGAGUUCAUCUGGAUUGAACGAAUCUGAGACGGGAGUACUUAUUGCUGCAACGGGGUUAAGUGCGAGAGAGAGUGCAGUGAUGGCGCAAAGAGGUGAUGAUGGUGUGGGGAUUACCGCGAAGGCACACCAAGCCGACCAGGGCGAUCACUUCCGCGGUGUGAGGAAGCGGCCCUGGGGUCGGUUUGCGGCUGAGAUUCGAGAUCCGUGGAAGAAGACGCGCGUGUGGUUGGGAACCUUUGAUACCGCGGAAGAAGCUGCACGUGCAUAUGAUAGCGCGGCAAGAGCUUUGAGGGGUACCAAGGCCAAAACGAACUUCGCGUCACCUCCUCAUAGUGGAGAUGAUCAGAGCAUGACUAGUCAGAGCUCAACUGUGGAGUCUCUGUCCAAUGGGUCCUUGAAGCAGAGCGGGCACCAUCCAUCCAAAAGCAUUCAAAGUAAUCACUAUCGAUCUACUGUCGGGGCAUUAGAUACUUCUUCGUGGCGUAAUCGCCUGGACCUGAAUAUUUCCGUGGCUCAGGAUUCAUUGUUCGUUGUUGACGAUGGUGGGCAACACCAAUAUAAGAGUGUAAGUGCAGGUCGGUCUUGCGUAGAGGAGGGCGUUACUUGUGCUCUAUCAAGCAUACGAGUCGCGCCGAACCCGAUUCAAGUCCCUUUUGAGGAGGCUGGCCAUGUAGCUGAUAGCAAACGCCAGAGAACCUUGAAGAAACCUACUCCGAUAACUCCAACCGAGGGGUUAUCCGUUGGUUGUGAUUGGCUUGGCAGCUUAGCAACUACUGCACUUGGAAUGCAACAGCAGCUCUCUGAAACUACUCCUGAGACGCGUGCCUGUCAUAGUGACUGCGACUCGUCCUCUUCCGUGAUUCUCAACUCUGAGGCAGCAUGUGCGACCCCCCCUACACCGCACGACGCGAAGCCCGUGAUGCGAAGAACAGCUUACCCCUUCUUGUUAGAUCUUAAUCAACCCCCUUGCAGCCUUGAACAUCAAGGGCCGGCAAUAGAAACCGACUUUGGUUUGUCCCGACCAGGGAUACAAGUCUUUUUGAAUUAGCUUAGGUAGUUGCUCCCAAUCUCAAAGGGUAGAGAGACACAGACAUACACAUCGGAGAGCAUUUCACCAUCAUCGCUCGCACCUUGUUUCAGUACCACACUUCCAUUUAUUCAUUAAAGAGCUAUUUGCAUGUGUUAUACCAUUAAGUGUAGCACGAAACACUUCAUGUUCUUCAAA